AUGGGAAAUGGUGGCAAAUCAACAAAUCCUUUACCAGAACCAAUAACGGGUAUCGAACGCAAGACUUGGCUGAAACUAUUGGGAACUACACUGCAGAAUGAUCCAAAUUGUUGGGACCUUCAAGUUAAUAAUUUGAUAUCUAAAGCUAGCAGUCGAAUGCACAUUUUGAGAAUAUGCAGAUCGUAUGGUUACUCUAAAAAACAAUUCUCUUCGACGCACUUAUUAUGUCUUUAUUUUCUUAUGGAAUCGAAGUAUGGGGUUCAGCACUUGAAAAGAAGUACCUGGAACGGAUUGAUAAAUUCCUUAGGCGAGCAUACAGAUAUGGAUACACAACAAAAAGUGUUCAGAUAA